AUGGAGAAGAAGAUGAAGGGCAACAUGCUAAAUUACAAGAAGAAAAAAGAAACUAUCGAGAAAAAAACUAGAGAGCUUUCAAUCCUCUGUGACAUUAAAGCUUGUGUCAUUCUUGUUGAUCCUAAUGGAGAAGUCGAUACAUGGCCUGAAAAUCCCAUUGAUUUCAACCCCAUUAUUCAAUCCUAUAAAGAAAAUCUCAAUCACGAUCAGUGGCUUAAUGACGUGUUUAGAGAGGCGAACGAAAGUUUGUUGGUGAAAUUGAAUUCCAAAUUAGAGGUUGUGGAGAAAAGAAUUGAAUUCUUGAAGAUGGUGUAUGGGAAUGGGGUUUUUGAAGGAUCAACUUAUAGUGAGAAAGAAACAAUGACGGCUCAACUUCAGUGGCUUUAG